AUGUUUAACCUAAUAAAGAAAGACAAGGAGAAGGAGAAGGAGAAGGACUUGGGCAAGAAGGAAAGGAAAGACAAGAAAGAAAAGAAAGAGCGUAUGUCCCAGGCAGAGUUAAAGAGCCUGGAAGAGAUGAGCAUUCGUAGAGGCUUUUUCCACCUCAAUCGAGGGAGUUCUAAGAGGGAGUCUAGGAACAAGUUGGAGAUCUCGAGUCCUAUCCCUAUCAAGGUGGCUAGCAAUACAGAGCUGUCCCUGACAGCGCUGGAGGCUGAGCGCCUUCACAACACACCGCAGGAUGUGGGGCAAAUAAGUGCAAGUACCUCUGGGGAAGACGUGAAGGGAAGUGAAGUGGAACCCAAUCGGAGCUCUGUAAAGGAGAGAGCUGCUCGGUUUGGUGAAUUGGCCAAGUUGAAUUCUGCGGGGGGGCAGAGACACGUGUCUUUUUCCCAGAGGAGCAAAGAGGACAAUACUUUAGAUGCCUCUAAUCUUUCUAGGCAGAACUGGAGUAGGUCGUCUUUGAGGUCCCACACCGACCUGAAAACCACCGACAUGGUUCAAAUACCUGAGAUGGUGGAGAAGACCUUCCCUGGUGCAGACCUCCAGCUGCCUGUGCUUGUUGCUCCACCAAUACCAGAUCCACGAGAGCUUGAGCUGCAGCGGCGCAACACUGGGGACUUUGGCUUCUCCUUGAGAAGGAGCACCAUGCUAGACCGGCACUCUGACGGAGGAGUGCGUCGACAUGUGGUGCACUUUGCCGAACCAGGUGCUGGGACUAAAGACAGGGCUCUGGGCCUGGUGCCGGGAGACAGGCUGGUGGAAAUAAAUGGGAUCAAUGUGGAGAACAAGAGCAGGGACGAAAUCGUGGAGAUGAUCCGUCAGUCCGGAGAGUCGGUCCGGCUGAAGGUGCAGCCCAUUUUGGAGCUGAGUGAGUUGAACCGCAGCUGGCUGAGGACCACCCAAGGCAUCAAAGAAGUCUUUGAUGGAAAGACUGAGGAGCAGAUCACAGCAGAGAGAGCCUGGUAUAACACCGACAAAGUAUGGCUCGUCCACAAGGAUGGAUUUUCUUUGGCAACUCUCCUGAAGACAGAGGCAGGCAGUCUGCCAGAGGGGAAGGUGAAAAUCCACCUGGAGAGUGACAGAUCUUUAUUGGAUGUGGAUGAAGAUGAUGUAGAGAAGGCAAACCCUCCAAUGUUCGACCGAGUCGAGGACCUGGCCUCUCUACAGUAUCUGAACGAGUCGAGUGUGAUGCACUCUCUGCGGCAGCGGUACGGCGGCAACCUGGUGCACACCCACGCUGGGCCGAACAUGGUGGUCAUUAACCCCAUUAGUGCCCCCUCAAUGUACUCUGAGAAGGUGAUGCAAAUGUUCAAGGGCUGCAGGAGGGAGGACACUUCCCCUCACAUUUACAGCAUGGCGCAGACUGCCUAUAGAAACCUCCUGACAACUCGCCAGGAUCAGUCCAUUGUGUUGCUGGGGAAGAGCGGCAGUGGCAAGACCACCAACUGUCAACACAUCAUCCAGUACCUGAUUACCAUCGGUGGCAGCACCAACAAAACCUUCUCCACAGAGAAAUGGCAGGCAGUCUACACUGUUCUGGAGGCGUUUGGAAAUGCCUCCACCUGUAUGAACGGGAACGCUAGUCGCUUCUCUCAUAUUGUUUCCUUGGACUUCGACCAGGCGGGUCUGGUGACCUCAGCCUCUAUCCAGACCAUGCUGCUGGAGAAGAUGAGGGUGACCAGAAGACCAGAGGGAGAGUCCACUUUCAAUGUCUUUUACUACCUGAUGGCUGGAGUAGACAGCUCUCUCAGAACUGAGCUGCACCUCAACCACUUUGCUGAGAACAAUGCUUUUGGAAUCUUGCCUCAGACAAAGACUGAGGAUAAGCAGCGCGCCUCCCAGCAGUUUUCUAAGCUCCAAGCAGCCAUGAAGGUUCUGGGGAUCAGUGGUGAUGAGCAAAGAGCCUUCUGGCUCGUCCUUGGGGCCAUUUACCAUCUGGGAGCUGCCGGAGCUACUAAAGCUGGCAGGAAACAAUUUGCACGUCAUGAGUGGGCCCAGAAGGCAGCCUACCUGCUGGGCUGCACCCUGGAGGAGCUCUCCUCCUCCAUCUUCAAGCACCAGGCCAAGGGCACCCUGCCCAGAGCCAGCACCAUCCGCCAGGCUUCUGACGAAAAUGGCACAGCAGAUGCAGGAUCCAAGGCAACAGCCAUGGAGUGUUUAGAAGCCGUAGCAUCUGGACUUUACUCUGAACUCUUCACUAUCCUCAUCUCUUUAAUAAACCGGGCCUUGAAAUCCAGCCAGAACUCCCUGUGCUCUCUGCUCAUUGUGGACACACCAGGCUUUCAAAACCCCAGGCUGGCGAAGCGUGAGUGCGGCGCAACCUUUGAGGACCUCUGCCACAACUACACUCAGGAGCGUCUGCAAACCCUCUUCUACCAGCGCACCUUUGUUCAGGAGUUGGAGAGAUACAAAGAAGAGAACAUAGAGCUGGCUUUAGACGACUCAGAGCCCAGCACAUCUCUCUCUGUGGCAGUGGUAGACCAAGCCUCAAGCCAAGCGCUGGUGCGGACAGUUCGGACAGAUGAGGCACGUGGUCUGUUGUGGCUGAUGGAGGAGGAGGCACUGCAGCCGGGGGGGUCAGAGGAAACACUGUUGGGACGUCUCUUCAGCUACUAUGGACCUGCUGAGGGCGAGAGCAAAGGUCAAACUUUCCUCUUGAAGAGUGAAAAGGAAAAGCAUUUCCUGCUUGGUCACAGUCAUGGGACCGACUGGGUGGAGUACGACGUCUUUGGGUGGCUGAACUACGCCAAGCAGAAUCCUGCCUCUUCCAACGCUACGAGCCUCCUGCAGGACUCCCAGAAGAAGAUCAUCAGCUCACUGUUCAUGACCCGAGCGGCUGGAGCCACCGUUUUGUCUGGUUCCAUUGCAGGUCUUGAAGGUGUUUCCCAGCUGUCCUUGCGACGGGCCACCAGCAUGAGAAAGACCUUCACCACCGGGGUCGCUGCUAUCAAGAAGAAGUCCUUGUGCAUCCAGAUAAAGCUUCAAGUGGACGCUCUCCUUGACAUGGUGCGCAGGUCCAGGAUUCACUUUGUUCACUGCCUCUUACCCAAAGCAGAUGCCCUGAAGGCUCUGAGUGGAUCCCUGUACAAAGGAGGGGAAUGUGAGGCUCAGGGGGAGAGCGGAGAUCCUGGUUUAAUGCAGCUAGAUGUAGCUUUGCUCCGUGCUCAGCUGCGUGGCUCCAAGCUGCUCGAUUCUCUCCGGAUCUACAGGCAAGGUUACCCUGAUCACAUGGUGUUUUCUGAGUUUCGGCGGCGCUUCGAUGUGCUGGCGCCGCACCUCACCAAGAAGCACGGGAGGAAUUACAUAGUGAAGGACGAGAGGAGAGCUGUGGAGGAGCUACUGGAGUCCUUGGACCUGGAGAAGAGCAGCUACCACAUGGGUCUGAGCAGAUUGUUUUUCAGAGCUGGCACUUUGGCUAAGCUGGAGGAACAGAGGGAUGAGCAGACCAAGCGUAAUCUCACCCUGUUCCAAGCUGCCUGUAGAGGCUACCUGGCACGGCAGGCCUUCAAGAAAAGAAAGAUUCAGGAUCUCGCCAUCCGUUGCAUCCAGAAAAACAUCCAGAAGAACCGCGGUGUGAAAGACUGGCCAUGGUGGAAGCUGUUCACCACAGUCCAGCCCCUCAUUAAGGUCCAGCUCACCGAGGAUCAGAUGCGAGGGAAAGAUGAGGAGAUACAGCUGCAGAAGUCGAAGCUCGAGAGGGUGGAGAAAGAACGAAACGAGCUGAGACUGAACACGGAUCGAUUGGAGAGCAGGAUCUCAGACUUAUUGGCAGAGCUGGCUGACGAGAGAAGCACCAGUGAGUCAGCAUCCCAGUUACUGGAGACGGAGACUUCAGAGAGACUGCACCUGGAGAAGGACAUGAAGGAUUUACAGGCUAAGUUUGACGCCAUGAAGAAACAAUUAGAAUCACAGGAGAUGGAGGUGAUGGAGGCUCGACUCAUGAAAACAUCGGAGCUCAAUGGGGAGAUGGACGACGACGAUGAUGAUGCUGGAGGCGAGUGGAGGAUAAAAUACAACCGAGCCAUUCGUGAAAUGGACUUCACCAAAAAGAAGCUCCAGCAGGAGUUUGAUGACAAGCUGGAGACAGAGCAACAGAGCAAAAGACAUCUUGAGAGAAGGCUGGCUGACUUGCAGACAGAUAAUGAGGAUGUGCAGCGCUUUGUGCAGCAGCUGAAGAAGAAGUCCCAGAAACUGACGGCAGAGCUGCAGGACACCAAGCUUCACCUGGAGGGACUACAGAGCCGCAACCACGACCUGGAAAAGAAACAGAGGAAAUUUGACCUGGAGCAGAACCAGUCUCAGGCUGAGGUACAAAGAGAAAGGAGCCAGAGGGAGAAGUUGGCUCGAGAGAAAGAUAUAAUGACCGGUGAGAUGUUUAACCUCCGGCAGCAGCUGCAGGACAAAGACAGUGAAUUGUGCACCACAAAUAUGAAGGUGCAGCAGCUGGAGGCCGAGCUGCAGGAUCUGUCCUCCCAGGAGUCCAAGGAUGAAGCCUCUCUGGCCAAGGUCAAGAAGCAGCUUCGUGACCUUGAGGCCAAGGUGAAAGACCAGGAGGAGGAGCUGGACGAACAGGCUGGAACCAUCCAGAUGCUGGAGCAGGCAAAGCUGCGUCUUGAGAUGGAGAUGGAGAGACAGCGGCAAACACACUCUAAAGAGAUUGAGAGUAAGGAUGAAGAUGUGGAGGAGAUCAGGCACUCCUGCAGCAAGAAGCUGAAACAGAUGGAGGUGCAGCUGGAGGAGGAGUAUGAAGACAAGCAGAAAGUGUUGCGUGAGAGAAGAGAGCUGGAGUCCAGACUGCUCAACGCCCAGGACCAGGUGAGCCAGAGAGACGUGGAGACAGAAAAGAGGCUGAAGAAAGACCUGAAGAGAACCAAAGUCCUUCUGGCUGAUGCACAGAUUAUGCUGGACCACCUGAAGAGCAACGCCCCCAGCAAGAGAGAGAUCGCCCAGCUCAAAAAUCAACUGGAGGAGUCAGAGUUCACCUGCGCCGCAGCAGUGAAAGCUCGAAAGAGCAUGGAGCUUGAAAUAGAGGACUUGCAUAUCCAAAUGGAGGACGUGGUCAAAGCCAAGAUGUCGUCGGAGGAGCAGAUCAGCCGUCUGCAGAGAGAGAAGAAUGACCUGCAGUCUCGUAUGGAGGAGGAUCAGGAGGACAUGAAUGAGCUGAUGAAAAAACACAAGGCUGCAGUCGCCCAGUCUGCCAGGGACUUGAGCCAGAUCACUGACCUGCAGACCCAGCUGGAAGAGGCCACAAAGGAGAAGCAGGAGAUCCAAGAAAAGCUUCAUUCGCUGCAGAGCCAGCUCGAGUUCCAAGAGCAGUCCAUGGUGGAGAAGUCUCUUGUGAGCCGUCAGGAGGCCAAGAUCCGUGAACUGGAGACCAAGCUGGAGUAUGAGAGGACACAGAUCAAACGCUUGGAGAGCCUCGUGGGUCGUCUGAAGGAGAAUCUGGAGAAGAUGACGGAGGAGAGAAACCAGCGCAUCACUGCAGAAAACAGGGAGAAGGAGCAGAAUAAGCGAAUACAGAGGCAGAUAAGGGACAUGAAGGAAGAGAUGGCGGAGCUGUCCAAGAAGGAGGGCGAGGCGAGCCGGAAGAAGCACGAGCUGGAAAUGGACAUCGAGAGCUUAGAGGCGGCAAAUCAGAGCUUACAAGUGGACCUUAAGCUGGCCUUCAAGAGGAUAGGUGACCUGCAGGCUGCUAUCGAGGACGAGAUGGAGAGCGAUGACAACGACGACUUAAUCAACAGUUUGCAAGACAUGGUGACAAAAUAUCAGAAAAGAAAGAACAAAACUGGGGACGAGACAGAAACAGAUUCCGAGGUGGAGGACCGCGUGGAUGGCGUUAAGUCUUGGCUCUCGAAGAACAAAGGCUCCACCAAGACCCAGUUGGAUGAGGGAAGCCUGAAGAGCACCAGCCCUCCUGUGUACCGGAGACACCUGAGUGUUGGCAGGUCUGAUGAGGAGGACGAGGUGGACAGAGACUCCCGCAGGCAGCCGCUGACGGCAAGCGACGGCGAAGGCUUAUUGGCAGAAAGCACGUCGUAACCCAACGUCAGGCAGCUUUGUGCUCAGUGACAUCAGACACACAGGAGAGACACAAUUCUUUCCCUCCAACUUGUAACACCACUUCCCAGCUACCAAGGACGGAGAGGAGUCACACAAAGAACACUGUUUUUGAAUAGCUUUGCGAUUUCAUCUAACUUUACUUAUUAUAGCGCACCCAUUCACAUCAUGAAGUGAUUUUGCUCCCAUUGCUAAAGUGUACUUUUUCCUUUCUCUUUCUUAUUUAACAGAACACAUUGAAUAAGUCAGUCAAUACUGAACAGUAAAGUUGAGCACUAUCAGAGGAACGCUGCUUUAUUUAUAAGAGCUGCUUUUCAGGCAAAUUUAAGCAUUCCUCUGCACUCUCCUCCGACUCCGCAGAUAGCUCUCCCAAGAGGAUUUAGAUAAGCCCGCUCUGGCUGGACUUCGCCAAGAAGGUCUGAUCAACUAUUAAGACUCUUAUCUCUUCCCCGUUAAUGUGGACUAGUGUGGUGGCAGGAAUUAACCCAUUUUCAAUUAAUUAUUUUGCUGUAAGUUUACAUGUGGCUCUUGUUCCAAGCUGAGAUAUUCAUCAUUUGAGCAAAGUGAUGCUAGGUCAUGAUUGGUGACAUGAAAGUUAAAUCAUUUUUACUAUAAUAAUGUUUAAGGGUGACGCCCCCUUUAUAUCUUUGAAAUGCUGAGAAAUGAUUUAAAGCUAAAUCUGAUCUAAGAGUGUGUAUAUAUAGUAUGCAUAGUUAUCUAAUAUUAUAUGUGGAAUCAAAGCCUUUACAUGAACAUGAUAGUCAAGUGAAAUAAGAUUUUCUAAAGUUAGUGAGAGAAGUAUUUUAUUGAGAUAAGAUUUAUGUCAUAUUCCUGUUUUAUUCUUAUCUGUAAGCGCAAUGCAUGAUGGGACGUGUUUGGCUCUUCUGAGGCUCAGUCAUGCUUUUGUCCACUCUCACAUUUCUGAAAGUUCAAAGGGAAUGCAUGUGUUUGCUGUCAUGAAGGAACUCUGUUGAUCUUUUUGGACCUUGCAGAUGCAGAACUGUAUGGUGUCUUUUUUUUAAUGCACAAACACUGGAUUUUUACUGUAUUUGGGAAAUUAAAGCUCAU